AUGAAAAGUGAAAAAAAAUCUGAAGUGAAGUCCAAUGAAUAUCGCAACAUAGGGAACGAAGCGUUUAAAGCAGGAAAUGGGAAGAAAGCAGUGGAACUGUACAAUAGAGCAUUAAUGUACGCCCCGAACAAAUCAAGAUCCAUGCUAUUAGCAUACAGCAACAGAUCUGCAGUUCUGUACAAAAACGAGUAUUAUAUCGAAUGUUUAGUCGACAUCGAUACGUGUUUCCGGCUCGGUUGCCCGCCAGAUAUUGUCGAAAAGUUAAAUAACAGGAAGCAGUUGGCAUCUCAAUAUAUCACCUCGGCGAAGGUCAUUAUAGAUAACCUCCUAGGGAUCUGUUCGAAAUUCUUUCAAAUAGGGAACCGCAACGCCGAGGUGCCUUGUGCUAGCGCCGAUGUCGACGUUGUCGUGACGGACGGUGUGCCAAAGAUAACAGCGGCGAAUGACAUAAAGAUCGGGACAGUCUUGGCCGUGGAGACCUCAUUCGUCGCAUGCAACGACGAAACCAAUAUUGUACACGCGUGCCAUUACUGCCACAACAUGUCGUUCAACCUGAUACCGUGCGACGGCUGUUGUUUCGUACUCUUCUGCGGCGAGCGCUGCAAGCAGACCUGCAUGAGGGAGUACCACUCCAUCGAGUGUCAAAUCAUGGAGUUUAGCAAGGCAUCUAUUUACAGCCCUAUGGGCAAACUGACGUUUAGGGGUGCGCUGAAAUUCGUUGGGCUGUGCGACACGUGGAAGGAGGUGAUCGAGGAGGCGCAAUGCAUAGGCAAGAAGCGGAGGCUCCGCAGCACUGCGACGGAAAUGUUCGACGUCGGCAACAAGCUGAGCAUCCUAAAUUACGAAGAGGAUCACGUCUUUGUGUAUGGGUCCAUGUUCUUGUCAUGUUUCACCUGUGCAUCCGUAAUUCACACCCUCGAGGGGCUGCCAUCGUAUUUUCCCCGGCCGGUCCGCGAGAGGGCGCUCGCUAAGAGGGCGCUCGCUAGGAUUUUGAUGUACCUCACGUUAUUCGCAGUGCCCACGGAGGUCACACUCACCUUGUGGAACAAGAAGGUUGAUCUGACGCUCACGCAGUCGAUACCGAACCACGGUUGGUACCCGUUCAUCGGUAAGCUGCGAAACUCCUGCACGCCCAAUGCCCUCAUCAUGCACCUCAAUAAUAGAGCUGUGCUGAUGGCAUUGCAGCCAAUCAAAAAAGGAUCUGAGUUGACCGUUUCCCACAUGGGUCAUUACUUAGACAAACAACUUACACCCUACCAGAAAAACUACUUAUCAUUCAGGUUAUUCGGCAGAGUCUGUGGGUGCUACAUUUGCUCUGGUGAAUGGAAGACGAAAACUAAAGAUUGUGUUUUAACCGAAACACAACUUGCCGAUUACAAAGAAUACAUACUUAAAUAUGACAAGGGUCUAUGCCUGAUGACAAUGUCGACUGCAUUCCCCAAACUAUGCGAGGCAAUGACUUCCCUGAACGAUGUGCCCUUUUCAACGGAGUACAUGAAACUGUACACUGAAUUUCGCAAGUACAUUAUGAGCGUGGAACAGUGUGUUACUGCUAAUUUAGUUUUUGGCGCCCCCAUA